AUGUCUAAACCACCAGAUAUUACGAAUUGGUUUCCCAAUUACGUCUAUGAAUCGUUCCCUUUGUGUUCUUUACUUAAGGAAACUGAAAGCGAACUAAUUGGGUUUCCUGUUGGAGAUGAUAACAAAAAUCUGGGCCUUACUGUUGCGGAAAGCAAAUCCUUAGAGAAGUUUUCCUCCAACAAAGAUCAUAACCCUAUGAACAAGAGUAUGAGUCAGAUUUCAGACAAGAAGCUCUAUGAAUCACUGCCUUCUGAACCUCGUGAUACAGGUAAUUGGUCUUCGAGCUGUAACUAUGACUCGCCGGUGCUGGAUACAAAUGAUGAUGGUCUUGAAUCCUCGGUUCAUGGAGAAAGUGAAUGUGUUAAGGAGACGCAACUAGAAGAAGAAGAGAUAACAAACGAUGCUUGUCCUAGGUUGUUUGAGCAGGAACUUGUCUCUUCUGCAAAGGUUACAGAUUUCUCUCAGUCUCAGUCUUUUCUUUCAGAGCCUCCUGAUGUCAGAAACUGGUUUUCAAGUUAUGAGUAUCAGUCUCCUCAGCUUGACACUCAUGAGAUUGAGUUUUGUUCUUCUGAGAAAGAUCAAUUAAUCAUUGACGAGAGUGACACAGAGGAAGAAAACAGUUCUGGUAUUUUUCGAAAAACUAAGAGCAAGCAAGAGACUAUUUCUCCUGGCAAGCUAAAAUCAAAUGACUGCAAGGAAAACAUAGCUGCAGACACGACCAAUGAGGUCUCCUCAGACAAUGCAUAUUUAGACCAAGAAAUGGAAAAGGAGCCAUCUGUUGGAUUGGUCGUGAAUGAAUCAAAGAAAGAAGUGAGACAAGAAUCAAGCUUCAAGCAGGAACCAAUAUUUUGUGAACCAAGGUGUAGUAUUCCUGCAGUGUCCCGGUACAACUCAAAACCACAGUUUCCCUCAAAGAAGAACGAAGCUUCUUUACAUGAGCCGAGACCGCAACACACCCAAGAAACCAUUUCCAUGAGCUCCAGUAGACGAAAGUCUCCAAGAAAAGCCACUCAAAAGGCUUGUCUGGAAGAAACCCUGGAGUCUGUAGAGAAAGAAUCAGAUGACAAGGAAAAUGCUCAUGGAAAGAGCGUUGAGACAGGAUUUGUGACAAUGAAAAAGGCGAGAUUCAGAGAAGCAAGAGACCGAUGUUCCAUGAAGAAACCAAUUAGAGGAGUUUUAGUGGAGUGUUGGAGAGGCAAAGAGUUAAAGAGCAUAGCUUGGGAGGAAGACACAGAAGAAAGAAAGAAGAAGAGAAGAGUUUUGGGGGAAAUGUCGAAUCACCAGUUCUCUGGAACGGAGGAGAUUGCAGGAAAAUGGCAUUGCCCUCAGAAAAACAAAGGAAAAUCAGAACUUUGGAGGGUUCACGGCUCAGAGACGGUGAAGAUGAGCUUCGUCAAGUAUCUCCGCCGAGACAGUUUGCUCCAGUUAGCCGGAAAAUCAUCUCUCAGCCGAAAUUACAUGCUCCAGACCCGCCGGACUCUCAUCAUUGAAACCGCUCCGCCUGAAUCUGUGAAGCUUAACCGUCUCUCUGGGAUUAUUGAGGUCAAUCUAGACAGGCCUGUGGCCAAAAAUGCCAUUAAUAAAGAGAUGCUGAAAAGUCUGCAGAACACAUUUGAGACCAUACAUCAGGAUAGUUCAGCUAGGGUUGUAAUGAUUAGAAGCCUGGUUCCAGGGGUUUUCUGUGCUGGUGCAGAUCUGAAGGAACGUAGAACCAUGAGUCCAUCUGAGGUUCACACGUAUGUCAACUCGUUGCGCUACAUGUUCUCGUUCAUAGAGGCACUGAGUAUCCCAACUAUCGCUGCAAUAGAAGGUGUGGCACUUGGAGGUGGACUCGAAAUGGCUCUAUCCUGUGAUCUUCGAAUCUGUGGCGAAAAUGCAGUGUUUGGCUUGCCUGAAACAGGACUCGCUAUAAUCCCUGGGGCUGGUGGGACCCAGAGGCUCUCGAGGCUUGUUGGGAGAUCGGUAUCAAAGGAACUUAUAUUCACAGGUCGAAAGAUUGAUGCAAGAGAGGCUGCAAAUAAAGGGCUUGUGAACUUUUGUGUACCGGCGGGUGAGGCUCAUAAGAAAGCAAUUGAAGUGGCUCAGCAGAUAAAUGACAAAGGUCCAUUGGCUGUAAAAAUGGCGAAGAAAGCGAUUGAUGAAGGAAUAGAGACGAGUAUGGCUUCGGGUUUGGAGGUCGAAGAGAUGUGUUAUCAGAAACUUCUUAAUACUCAAGAUCGUCUUGAAGGAUUAGCUGCUUUUGCUGAGAAGCGUAAGCCUCUUUACACUGGCAAGUGAAGCUCUUCUUAUCUACUUAGUUUCAAUAACCGGUGGAGAUAGCCAUUGAAUUGGAUGUUAAUAACCGGGAUGGUUUAGGAUCAUAAUAAUGUCUAUGACACAGAAAAGAAGGAACAAAUAUCACAGUUUGUGUUUUCGCACAAACAGUUUGUGUUUGUGCAUUCAGCCAUUCAUUGACUUGAAUCAGAUUGUUAAAUAGCACAAGCUUGAAUCAGAUUUGUAGUAAAAUUAAAGUUGGUUAAACCUCAAAAGUUGAAACCAAUGGUUAUACUUUGUGCGUAUGUUUUAAGCUACUAGUUUUAAUUCAUAGGUUUA